UAUGUCUGCAACACUAUUGUAGCUACUACCCGCUCUAUGGGCAAAGUUGCUCUAUGUGUUGCUUUAUCUGGGAUUGCUUCUUUGCUUUUAGAUGGCGGAUAUACUGCACACUCAUGUUUUCACAUUCCAAUCCCUAUUCAUAAAGCUUCCACUUGCAGGAUCCAGAAAAAUUCAGACCUUCAUGAUGUACUUUGCCAAACUGGUAUCAUUAUUUGGAAUGAAGCACCAAUGCAGCACCGACAUGCUAUUGAGGCUUUGGACCAUAUGCUACAAGACUUGAUGGAAAAUGCAUAG